AUGAGCAGGUCUCGAGCCUCCAUCCAUCGGGGGAGCAUCCCUGCGAUGUCCUAUGCCCCCUUCAGAGAUGUACGGGGACCCCCUAUGCACCGAACCCAGUACGUUCAUUCCCCAUAUGAACGUCCUGGUUGGAACCCCCGAUUCUGCAUCAUCUCGGGGAAUCAACUGCUCAUGCUGGAUGAAGAGGAGAUACAUCCCCUUCUGAUCCGGGACCGGAGGAGUGAGUCCAGUCGAAACAAACUACUGAGACGAACAGUCUCUGUGCCUGUGGAGGGCCGGCCCCAUGGCGAACAUGAAUACCACCUGGGCCGCUCCAGGAGGAAGAGUGUCCCUGGAGGGAAGCAAUACAGCAUGGAGGCCGCCCCCGCAGCCCCUUUCCGGCCCUCGCAAGGCUUCCUGAGCCGGAGGCUGAAAAGCUCCAUCAAACGCACAAAGUCGCAGCCCAAACUUGACCGGACUAGCAGCUUCCGACAGAUCCUGCCUCGAUUCCGCAGCGCUGACCAUGACCGGGCCCGGUUGAUGCAAAGCUUUAAGGAGUCCCACUCCCAUGAGUCCUUGCUGAGUCCUAGCAGUGCAGCUGAGGCCUUGGAACUCAACUUGGAUGAAGACUCUAUCAUCAAGCCUGUGCACAGCUCUAUCCUGGGCCAAGAGUUCUGCUUUGAGGUGACAACAUCAUCAGGGACUAAGUGUUUUGCCUGUCGCUCUGCAGCUGAGAGGGACAAAUGGAUCGAGAAUCUGCAGAGGGCAGUGAAACCCAACAAGGACAACAGCCGGCGUGUGGACAAUGUGUUGAAGCUGUGGAUCAUAGAGGCCCGGGAACUGCCCCCCAAGAAGCGGUAUUAUUGCGAACUGUGCCUGGAUGACAUGCUCUAUGCUCGAACCACCUCCAAGCCUCGGGCAGCUGCUGGUGAUACAGUCUUCUGGGGUGAACACUUUGAAUUCAACAACCUGCCAGCUGUGCGCUCACUUCGUCUGCACCUCUACCGUGACUCGGACAAAAAGCGCAAGAAGGACAAAGCAGGCUAUGUGGGCCUGGUGUCCGUUCCUGUGGCCAGCUUGGCUGGCCGACAUUUCACUGAGCAAUGGUUUCCUGUCAGCCAGCCAGCAGGCAGUGGUGGCUCUGGGGGUGCUGGAGGUGGUUCUGGAGGGGGAGGGGGUUCAGGAGGUGGCUCAGGGGGCAAGGGCAAAGGAGGCUGUCCUGCCGUUCGGCUGAAAGCACGUUAUCAGACAAUGAGCAUCCUACCCAUGGAGCUGUACAAGGAAUUUGCUGAAUAUGUCACCAAUCAUUAUCGAAUGCUGUGUGCUGUACUAGAGCCUGCACUGGGUGUUAAGGGCAAAGAAGAGGUGGCCUGUGCCCUGGUGCACAUUCUGCAGAGUACAGGCAAGGCCAAGGAUUUCCUUUCUGACAUGGCCAUGACAGAGGUGGACCGGUUCUUAGAGCGAGAGCACCUCAUAUUCCGCGAGAACACACUCGCUACUAAAGCCAUAGAAGAGUAUCUGAGACUGAUUGGGCAGAAAUACCUCAAGGAUGCCAUUGGGGAGUUCAUCCGAGCUCUGUAUGAGUCUGAGGAGAACUGUGAGGUUGACCCCAUUAAGUGUACAGCAUCCAGUCUGGCUGAGCAUCAGGCCAACCUUCGUAUGUGCUGUGAGUUGGCCCUCUGCAAGGUGGUCAACUCCCACUGUGUGUUCCCGAGGGAGCUGAAAGAAGUCUUUGCAUCAUGGCGACUUCGAUGUGCAGAGCGAGGCCGAGAGGAUAUUGCUGACAGGCUGAUCAGCGCCUCACUUUUCCUACGCUUCCUGUGCCCAGCUGUCAUGUCCCCCAGCCUUUUUGGCCUUAUGCAGGAGUAUCCUGAUGAGCAGACAUCACGAACCCUUACCCUCAUCGCCAAGGUCAUACAAAACCUGGCCAACUUUACCAAGUUUGGCUCAAAGGAGGAAUAUCUGGCAUUUAUGAAUGAAUUCCUGGAGCUAGAGUGGGGAUCCAUGCAACAAUUCCUAUAUGAGAUUUCCAACCUGGACACACUCACCAAUAGCAGCAGCUUUGAGGGAUACAUUGACCUGGGUCGUGAGCUUUCCACACUGCAUGCCUUGCUCUGGGAAGUGUUGCCACAGCUGAGCAAGGAGGCACUUCUGAAGCUGGGCCCACUGCCACGCCUUUUGAAUGAUAUAAGCUUAGCACUGAGGAAUCCUCACAUCCAAAGGCAGCCUAGUCGUCAAGGGGAGCGAUUACAGGCCAAGCCUAUGGUACUUCGUGGGCCAUCUGCUGAGCUACAGGGCUACAUGAUGCGGGACCUCAAUAGCUCCAUCGACCUUCAGUCCUUCAUGGUUCGAGGCCUCAACAGCUCCAUGGACAUGGCCCGCCUCCCCUCCCCAACCAAGGAGAAACCCCCACCCCCCCCAGGAGGGGGUAAGGACCUGUUUUUCGUGAGCCGUCCACCCUUGGCCCGCUCAUCCCCAGCCUACUGCACAAGUAGCUCAGACAUCACUGAGCCAGAACAGAAGAUGCUAAGUGUCAACAAAAGCGUAUCAAUGCUGGACCUACAGGGUGAUGGACCAGGUGGUCGCCUCAAUAGCAGCAGUGUUUCCAACUUGGCUGCUGUUGGAGAUCUUCUGCAUUCUAGCCAGGCUUCCCUCACUGCUGCCCUUGGGCUCCGGCCUGCACCUGCUGGGCGCCUCUCACAGGGCAGUGGCUCCUCCAUUACAGCUGCUGGCCUUCGACUGAGCCAGAUGGGUGUCACCACUGAUGGUGUCCCUGCUCAGCAGUUGCGCAUCCCACUGUCCUUCCAGAACCCACUCUUCCACAUGGCAGCUGAUGGUCCUGGCCCUCCAGGGGGCCAUGGAGGAGGGGGUGGCCAUGUUCCACCCUCUUCUCAUCACCACCACCAUCAUCAUCACCAGCACCACCACCGAGGUGGAGAGCCCCCUGGGGACACCUUUGCUCCUUUCCAUGGCUAUAGCAAGAGUGAGGAUCUAUCUUCUGGGGCUCCUAAGCCACCUGCUGCCUCCAUCCUGCAUAGCCACAGCUACAGUGAUGAGUUUGGUCCUUCAGGCACUGAUUUCACUCGACGGCAGCUCUCACUCCAGGACAACCUCCAGCACAUGCUGUCCCCGCCCCAGAUCACCAUAGGCCCUCAGAGGCCAGCCCCUCCAGGUCCUGGAGGAGGGGGCUCUGGAGGAGGAGGAGGAGGAGGAGGACAGCAACCUCCACUGCAGAGGGGCAAAUCCCAGCAGUUGACAGUCAGCGCUGUGCAGAAGCCCCGACCAUCUAGUGGAAACUUAUUGCAGUCACCAGAGCCCAGUUAUGGUCCUGCCCGUCCCCGGCAACAGAGCCUCAGCAAGGAGGGAGGAGGAGGAGGAGGGGGCAGUGGGGGCAGCAGCGGUGGAGGAGGGGGUGGGGGGCUUAAGCCCUCCAUCACUAAACAGCACUCUCAGACACCAUCCACACUGAACCCCACAAUGCCAGCCUCAGAACGGACAGUUGCUUGGGUCUCCAACAUGCCUCACCUGUCUGCUGACAUUGAGAGUGCACACAUUGAGCGUGAAGAGUACAAGCUGAAGGAGUACUCCAAGUCUAUGGAUGAAAGCCGGCUGGAUAGGGUGAAGGAGUACGAGGAGGAGAUCCAUUCGCUGAAGGAGCGGCUGCACAUGUCCAACCGGAAGCUGGAGGAGUAUGAGCGGAGGUUGCUGUCCCAGGAGGAACAGACUAGCAAGAUUCUGCUACAGUAUCAGGCAAGGCUGGAGCAGAGUGAGAAGAGGUUGAGGCAGCAGCAGGUGGAGAAGGACUCACAGAUCAAGAGCAUCAUUGGCAGGCUGAUGCUGGUGGAGGAGGAGCUGCGCCGGGACCACCCCGCCAUGGCUGAACCGCUGCCUGAGCCCAAGAAGAGGCUGCUCGACGCUCAGGAGAGGCAGCUUCCCACCCUGGGUCCAGCAAACCCGCGUGUGACGCUGGCUCCCCCCUGGAAUGGCCUGGCUCCCCCACCCCCACCGCCCCCACCCCGGCUGCAGAUCACAGAGAACGGCGAGUUCCGAAACACCACGGACCACUAG